GGCUGCGUUUUCUAAACGCACCGUUUCCGUCUCCGUUUUUCUCAACCGCUCUGUGAGACGCAGAGAGAAAGAGAGCAGUUCUUUGUGGUGCGAUGGCGGAGAAACCUCAACCGGUUCGGGUGCUAUACUGCCCUGUCUGCAGUUUGCCCGCUGAGUACUGCGAAUUCGGACCCGAUUUCGAGAAAUGCAAGCCCUGGUUGAUCCAGAACGCCCCUCAAUUAUACCCCGAUCUCCUUAAAGAGGCGAGCAAUAAGGAAGCUGAUAAAGUGGCCGACCAAUUGCAAAAUAGCGGAAUAUCGUCAGGGGCUAGUGAUGGAGCUGCUACCUCAGCACCUAAGCAAGAAGAAGUCAAGCGUCUUCCUGGUGGUAAGAUAAAGAAAAAGGAGAAGCAGGAGGUUGUCAUUGAGAUCAUUCGCAAUAAACGAAAAUGUAUUACCACAGUGAAAGGCCUUGACCUUUUUGGUGUCAAGCUCAGUGAAGCUUCAAAGAAACUUGGGAAAAAGUUUGCGACAGGAGCAUCUGUUGUCAAGGGACCAACGGAGAAAGAGCAAAUUGAUGUCCAAGGAGAUAUAUCCUACGACAUAGUGGAGUUCAUUACAGAAACAUGGACUGAUGUCCCAGAAACUGCAAUUUUCUUCAUAGAAGAUGGAAAGAAAGUUCCGGCUGCUUGACUCUGAAAUGCAGGCAUGAAGAGAGUUUUAUUAGACUGACUGCUAAACUCAGCCAUAUUACUGUACUUUUGAAGUAAAGGGCUGAUAAACUUGUACAUCUUGGGCCAGUCAGAUCCGAUCCUUUGCCCCCAGUCACGGUCCCUGAUUGACUUUAGCAAAAUUAUUUAGGUUUGGAGUGUUGAAUUUGAAGUUCAGUCCACUAAACUCUUUUAUGGGUAGUAGCAUUGUGAUUAGUCAUUGGCACCGAAGGAACAUGGCUCGGACCUUAUUACACAUUGUAUGCAUGGUCAGUGGUUUAACUACCUUCAUAGGAUGAUGUUAAAUGGUGAUGAAGUAUAGAGUUGUUGAAUUGAGUCUGGGUUUAUGGACCGUUAUAUUCAACCUUAAAACAAUUAUACUUUUUCA